UGACCUCAGCAGUGGGCUGGAUUGUAAGGGUGGGAUUUCCAGGCUUUGAGAGAGAGCUCAGUGUAUUCCUGCUUCUCUAUCUUAGGAUCUAUGCGGCUUCACCGACAGAAAACACGGACUGGUUGUACCUUUUAAUAGCCGCAUUAAAGGCCCCCCUUGUCUCGCAUCCCGGAUCUCUUUUCUACAUGCGACUCCAAUCGGAAUAAAUAAUUGAGGAAUGUGGAAAUUACAGAAUGCCCAACAGCGCUGGAAAGAGAUUUAAACCCACCAAAUACAUCCCAGUAUCCACAGCUGCCACACUCCUUGUGGGAUCGACCACUUUAUUUUUCGUGUUCACGUGCCCCUGGUUGACCAAGGUAAUCUCUCCUGCAGUGCCUCUUUACAAUGGCCUGGUCUUCCUCUUCGUUUUGGCCAACUUCAGCAUGGCAACGUUCAUGGACCCUGGUGUUUACCCCAGAGCGGACGAGGACGAGGACAAGGACGAUGAUUUCCGAGCGCCUCUCUACAAGAAUGUGGAGAUCAAGGGCAUUCAAGUCCGGAUGAAGUGGUGUGCCACCUGUCAUUUCUACAGGCCGCCUCGCUGCUCGCACUGCAGCGUUUGUGACAACUGUGUAGAGGACUUUGACCAUCACUGUCCCUGGGUGAACAACUGUAUUGGACGGAGGAACUACCGCUACUUCUUCCUGUUCUUGCUGUCACUGAGCAUUCACAUGGUUGGAGUUUUCACCUUUGGCCUCAUCUUCGUCCUCCACCACCGAGAGAGACUUGGUGCAUUACACACCACUGUCACUCUGGUGGUGAUGUGUAUAGCAGGGCUUUUCUUUAUUCCAGUCAUGGGGCUCACAGGUUUUCAUAUGGUGCUUGUAGCUCGAGGUCGAACAACCAAUGAACAGGUGACGGGCAAGUUUCGUGGAGGAGUAAAUCCCUUCACCAAGGGUUGCUGUGGCAACGUGGAGUAUGUCUUAUGUAGUCCCUUGGCACCCAGAUAUAUGCUGGACCCCAGGAAAAAACCCCAUAUCAAAAUUCAGCCUCCAUUCAUCAGACCAGACCUCUCAGACAGGCAAAUCACCAUCAAGGUCAGCGACAACGGCAUCCAUGGCACAAUCAUCAGCUCCAAGUCCAAAUGCAGCUUGGAUGGCCUGGAUGAAAAAGAAACCCAGCCGCCGCUCCCACCCAAAGCUGACAGGUACAACCAGGUGAAAAACCAGCUGACGUCCAGUGAAGAGAGCUCUCUCUCUGGUAAGACCCACCCAUCCACUCCAGCCAUGUACAAAUACAGGCCAUCCUUUGGUACCAUCCCAAAAGUCCACUACCAUACUGCUGGGGAGAAGAUUGUCAUGUCAGAUGACCGUAAGAAUUCUGCAAUCUUAGAAGAGGGUGUCCGUGGUCAUGACUACCGAUCUGAGCCAAAUCUGGACCUGCCUGAAUACACCAACGCUCCCCUCCACCGCACCUUCCAGUCCUCUCCCCACCAGCUGGACUCUGAACCCAUCAACUCCCGUUCACUCAGCCUGAAGCAGGGUCACCGGCGUCCAGAGAAGGGCCAGCUCCCAGCUCUACAGCCCCAGACAGUCACAUCCACCCCCUACAAGAGUGUUUUCUCCCCCAACACUCUCUCCAACCGGAAUGGUAGUCUGUCCUAUGACAGCCUGCUCAAUCCCAGCAUUUCUCCAGCCACUGCCAGUGAGUGCAUGGCCCACCGUGGGCUGCCGUCCAUGGGCUUCCACUCACCCUACCUGCCCACCAAAAUGUGCCACAUCCGGGAGGCUGAAACGCAGAGGCACCAGGUUGCCCCCACCUACAGUCCAGUGAUGCCACCCAGGGGAAUGGGCAGGCAGUCCCCUCACCCAAGGGAAAGGGACCCGUCCCCUGUGCGCUAUGACAACCUCUCCCAGACCAUCAUGGCUUCCAUUCAGGAGCGAAAGGAGAUGGAAGAAAGGGAGAAGCGUCAGAUGCUUCAUGGGCGCUCCCAGACCCAUAUCUAUGCCCAGGACUGUGGUGUGUUUGAUGGUUCAGGGGGCUAUGGGCUGCCCUCCAACACUUGCUACCCAGAUGGGCCUCGUGGCCCAGGAUCCAGGGGCCCGACACCCCCAGCCUAUGGAGGCUCUAGGGACAACCUGAUGGGGGUCGGGGUGGUCAGCUACGGCCAGAGAACCCCGGUGUUACGCCACACUGGGUCCACCUUGGGCCGUGCCCCUAGGACUUCAUCCACCUCCCUGCACACAGACCACAGUAGCACCAACAGCAACCAGAGCAGGGCUACUGGUCAUGAGGGCUCAUACCGUUCCCCGGCCCACCAGCCCCACUCCCCUGCCAUGCCCCGAUCCCCCACCUAUUCCCACCAGAAACUCUCCUACAUUAGUGCCCAUGAGAGGACAGACUCCCCUCGCCUGGGGGGCCCAAGAGAGACCAUGAUAGUUAACGGGCAGAUGGACUGCCACCCCAGUGCCCACGGUGCCCCCCUCAGCCCCAGUCGCCACAGUAACGUCAAAAAGAUGACAGGCGUAGGAGGCACCACCUAUGAGAUAUCAGUGUGAGGACGGAUACCGCAUCCGCAUCCAAUGACAACCACCACUCUGCUACAAAGAGAUUCUCUCUGUUAUUUUUGUGAAGUCUAGAUAACGACCAGUCAGGGGCAUGUAGCACUUCCUGCUCGCAGGAUUUGUCUGCUCUUGUGUGAGUCUGUCAAGCAAAGUACCCAUGUGUGUUUGUACCGGAGGGGCUGUCAGUUUACACCGCCGCAGGCUGUAAAUGUGGGGAGUGUUGUCGUUAUCAUUUUGUGGUUCAUCUUGGUUGUAAGAGUGAACAGUUCCACAGAUCCCCACUGUCAUUACUGUCAUCUCUCAGCUGUGGUUACGAAGCAUAUGUUGUUCCAAAUGUCACACAUAAACUUUACUCCAGCAGGCACUGAAGGUUAAACUAAACACACCACACAUAAUGUAAACACUGACGUCCUCUUAAAGGUCUGCUGUGAGAAGUCCUUUCCAAAUCAAUUGACCUCAAGAAGUCAAGGUGCUUCACAUUAACCUGCACUGUUUAUGUCAUCUCCAGCAUAAGUGAUGGAGGAUGACGCUUAGUUCACACCGACUGCAAGUGAAGGCAACACAAGACAGAGAAGCUAGAAAAGCAGUUAUUCAGAGGGAAGACCAUCUUAACAUAUCUGCUGGUUGCAUUCCUAAUUCAGUGAGAAAGAUUUGCAAUUAACGUUGAUUUAACGUUGUAAUUUACAUUUUCUCAGGAGUGGCUGCAACCAGCAGAGGUGCUAUAAAUUCAUACAUUGUGAAUGUCUCCUUUGUCUCAGUUGAGUACAGUACAUUUUUCGGGCUUAUCAGUUUUGCUCAACCCCCUUUAUUCUCUUCAUAAAGAUGCAGUACAAUGUUACUUUCUUUUUGUUCUAUUAUGAGUGAAAUUCAGUUUCAGAUGGGUGAUUAAGACAUGACAGAAGCACUGAGCAGAUACAUUUACAUUCUGGAAGAUCAGAAUACCUCAUCCCAGUGCUUCUCAGACUGUAGUCCAGCCUUGCGCAACCAAACUUUUUUGUUGUAGUUUGUUUGGUCUAAAAAAAAAUAAAAGUGGUUUAGUAUGUAAGUUAUGUUUGAGUCUAUUUGUAAUAUAAUCAUAGGAUUGGAGGUUUGUGAAGAAACAAGCCAUUGUAAGUGGUUAACUGUAACAAGAAUAACUGAUCACCCAUUUAUUUUGUAGUUUUGUUUUUUUUUUAAGUCAGUUUGUUUGCUUUUUAUAUACCCAGCCUUUCAAAAACUGUGUUUGAUACAUCUUUUUAUACAGAUAUUUAAGCCUGGAAUGGAUGUUUUGAGUGGAGUUUUUUGUUCAUAAAUUAUAUUGAAUUCAGUAAUGAAAUGACAUCACGAACAAUGGAUAAAACCAUAAGUAAAAAAGAAAAAAAAGUUGUACCUUGCAGUGUAAAAAAAAAAGUACAAUGUUAUGUAAUUAUGAAAUAUGCGAUACAGAGGAAGUGAAAU